AUGUCCAGGCAAUCGACGUAUAUCCGCCGUGCGGCCUUCGAGAGACUAGCCACGUUAACAGCAAAGCAUUCCGAACCUCAUACAAUAUCCGAUCUCGACCGGCUGCGGAGCUGCUGCCAACGUCCGGCCGCAUCGCCAACCGGCUUUCUCGAUGGGGUUUUCAAAGGGAGAGUGGCUCCCUCUCCAAUUAGGUUUCGAGAAUUAGACGCCCUUCUUGCUCUCUGCGAAGCUGCAAAGUCGAGUCAUCGCCCAGAAGAUGUUGCAAAGCUGGUCGUGCUCUUUACAGAUUAUCUUCCCGACUGCCCAUCCUUAACGUUACACCCAUCCCCCUUCCUUCACAGCUUUGAGACGCCUCCCUGGGAGCUUUUAACUCGCAGCCUCAUAACUGCGUUGCUCUCUCUUGGGUCGCGUCACGCAUCGUACCAUGAUCAGAUUUACAGCAGUGUACUCGCCUACAUAGACAACUGUUAUCAACUCGCGAAGAACCUGCCGGCAUUAGACGACCAGGGAGAUCGUAUUGGUGACCAUGGAAACCCCGAAGAUAUUGCAGAUGUCGCGACGGUUGCAGUAUCGUUAGUUGGGCUCCUCGACGGAAUGUCGACCGCCGUACAUUUUUUUAGUCCGAACGAACGUUUGCAUAUCAUCAAGCAGCUACGGUUGGUGCUGUCAGAAGAUCUUUUGGUCGCUGUUGAAACAACGUCUUCCACCAUUCGCAAUUUACAAACCUCGGACCUUUCCUAUCAACAUUGGCGGCGGUACGCCAGGGUUUCGGCGGCUGGUGGCAGGCCGCUUAGUUCAAUGCUACUUCAAAAAGCCUUUCUGGGAUUUGUCAAAGCCUGCACAUCUCCAAUUAGCAAGGAUGGUAGGGUAGUGCCUGAUGAUGCCUUACUAGAUCGGUACAUAAACAGUCUGGAUAGUUUAAGGCAGGAUAGCGAUGAUCUUGGUCCACUUGCAAAAUAUUCCGCCCAGAUUGCUAUUGAUCAGGUUCAGCUUCUGGAAGAGGGCUCAGACUAUCUACAGCUCGGCGUACCUUGGCAACAGCACCUUGCAUUCACCGCUAAAGCAUUUGCUUUGGUUAUUUUCGUCAACUGUAUAAUUCUUGAUGAAGACGCGGCCGACAUUGAUGUCUUGAUUUCAUGGCUCGAAUCCACCAUCCUGGAUGUUGACAAAAUGGCAAACAAGGAGUUGGCGACAGUUACAUUCAAAGCUUUUGUGGUUUUAUCUAAAUUGUCCCGCCUCAACGCGCCGAAUUUGACGAGAUCUCUUUUGCGGUUUAUUGUGCAGAAUAGGCAAAGCGGCGCAAUUCUCGCUGUCGCAGCACGUUCACUGGCCCAAAAUCUUCAACUCCUCUCACAGGAUACCAUCAUUGGAACCCUUUACUCUUUGGGAAACGUGCUUAGCGCAAACCCUGCUCACGAAAAUGCCCACCAGCAUGCAAGUAUGCUGACAGACGAGACUAAUAUUUACUCGCGCAAUUUCGCUGUGCAAUCUCAGCAAUCAAGUGAAAGCAUCAUCUCGUUCACCCUGAAUGGCGAAGAAGAUACGUUGAUUGCGUAUAAAAAUGUAGUACAUGCGAUUAUAACUGUUGCCACAAGCUCCAAGGAUGGCAAGAUUAUUGCUCUAGCGCAAUCAAUGCUUCUGCAAAAGAUUGGGAGAGUAAACAUCUUGCUUGACGCUUGUAUCGUUGAGGAAACCGUCGCACUUGCUCUUGAACAUGAUCCUCCAGAAUUCCAGCUAUUGCUCAAGUUCUAUGCCCGUCUUUAUCGGGAUGCUGCUGCCCAAGGAAACGCGUUAGUGGUUGAAGCCGUUCAUAAAGCGAGGAACUACCUUGCUAUAUGUCUUCAGAAGGAUAACCCUUUAUUCAGAAUUUACUUGAUCUUCCUCCUUGAGAGUAUUGUUAACAAGGGAGGUGCCACGGAUCGCGAGAAAGACCGGACUAAAGAAACUGAAUUAUCCUCUGAAGAGAUCUACCCGUAUUUGCCACCGGUAGCUUCUCUCCUUGCUAAGCUUGAAUCUGUCGAUGAUCUCCCUGGCGGUGCUAGAGAGAAUGGAGAUAUACUAUCCUUGUUGAGAGACACUUGGUUUAAUAUCGCUGCCCAUGGAAUUGUCUUGAGUUCUGAAAUAGGUUAUCGACAUCGUGAAGAGCUCCGCGUCCUUGCUAAUCUUUCGCCUCCGCUCAUUUCGGAAAACCGCGCAGAAUCGCUUGAAAGCGAUAUUGAAUUAAACACUGUCCUAAGACGGGGUCUUAGCUCGCCGCACUCCUCUGACAGGAAGAAGAGUUUGAUCCAAGAAUUGCCAGCUUUAGAACACGAGAUCAAGCGAUUAAGUUAUCCAAAAGUCGUUUUUCUCAAUGCAACUUUGCUCUUGGAGAGUCUUCGUGCUUCCUCUGGAAAUUUUACCAAAGUGCUUAUCUACUCCAUAGAUCCUGCGCUGAAUAGUCCAGAUAUUGCGAAUUGCAUGAGAGCUAUUGUUGACAAGGUUGUCACGUUAUAUCUUGAAAGAGCAUUAUCCAACAAUUCGGCAAGGUUCUCUGCCCCUUUUAUAUCGCAGCAACUUGCACAGGCCUUUAUUGCAUGCUGUCACCGGAUUGAGAGUGUACAACAAACCUCAUCAGCUGCCGCUGCGAAGAUAAUAGCCAAAUGCCCAUCUUCCCUGUGUGAAAAGAGAUCCUUGUUCACACUUUUAGAUUUGUUAACUCUGUUGUGGUCAUCUUGUUUGGAUGAGGAAUUGGAUGAAUAUGAAUGGAAAUCAACAUUCACCUCUGUGAAAAGCAAAGUCGAAAUCGAAUUAUCUGACAAUUACGAAUUCAGAAAACACACUCUGAACAAUUUUUAUAAUCUGGCUAGAUCUUGGGUCGUGGCAGUUACGAACAUUGCUCCGUUGGACGUCAAAGGCUUACUUCAGACUUAUUUGUCGGAGUAUGAUGAUGACGGCGGUUAUGGCCAUACUUCCCUGGGGCGAUCCUUUGCACUUGAAAUUGGAUCGAUUAUCCCUCUCAGUGACCAUCGAUUAGCCAACGGUGCUGGGAGUGAAAGUUUCCUGCCAGACACAGAAGAUAUCUGUGAAACAUUGAGUGGAUUAGAAUCACAGAUUUCCCAGCAAAAGAAGAUCCCAUUAGACACGCCACGAAACGUCCUUCGAAGGGCCGCUGCUCGCCUCUGUAAUCGUGCUGAUUGCGAGCCAUCUCUCAUCUCUCAUCUAGUCAAUAUUCCUUUCCAGAUAUUCACUAAAGAGUCUAUCAAAAUGGGAAUAUCACUCUGGCUAGGAGUAAUCAACGAAAACCCAGAAACGCAGCCCCGGAUAAUUGUGGAAGUCGCGCAAGCUUGGGAACGUACUCUUCGCCGGAAAAAAGGCAUAUUCGAUCCUAGCUUUAAUGCCGUUACGAAACUUCAGCGGAAAGCUCAAAAUAUCAUAUCCCCACAUUUGCGCCUCCUCCAAUUCUUCGAAAGUCAUUUCAACGCGACAAGGCUAGCUAGCCCUCAAAUCCAAAAGAUUUUCAGGCGGCUUGUAAAUACUACGCUGAAUUCACUCAGGCAUACAGCUGGCCACCCUCUUGCCCGAGAAUUUCAUUUUCACACCAUCCUUUUCAGCUUGAAAGUCCUCCGAUACUGCAAAGGGCAAUCAAAAGUCGCAUUGUGGAAGCUAAAAGAUCAGAUUCUUUCAGCUGCUUUGAGCUGGUUCAGCCAACCCCCUAGGUGGUCUUUUGGAGCAAAUCGUUUACAAAUCAAAGCUGAGGAUAAAAUCCUCCAAGGUAUUGAAUCAUAUUUGAGCGUUAACUCCUGGAUUGAACCUAGAGACACUACCACCCGUAAAUCUUUGAAGGCCAAACAGGAUCUUGUUUUGAUCCUUGUCGAAAACGAAAGAAGUCGCUUAAAGGUGUGGCUUUCUCCACUCGAUACUGAGAAAAGACACCAUCCUGUAAACAAGGCCUCUGAGGGUGCGAUAUCCGGGUUGUUGAGGCUUGCCUGGGCAGAAAACCCAAGCCUGGCUAUUCAGUUAUCCUCUCGGUUUCCUUCAUCGAAACUUCAGAGUGACGUCCGCUGGCUAGUAUUCAACUUUCCCGAAAAGACAUUAAAUGAACCCGAUAGUUUAGAGAUACUACUGGGAUCCUCACUACCUCAAGAUAUCACGUUCCAAUUGAAGGUAUUUAUAUUCCUGUUGAAUCAGCAGCGCGGCUCUAAUUCUCUAUUGCAGUAUCUCCUAUUUUGGGCCCCGACAAACCCGAUCGCUGCAGUGACAUAUUUCCUGCCAGCGUAUGGAAAUCAUCCAUUCAUUAUACAGUAUGCGAUGCGUGCACUGGAAAGCCAUUCUGUGGAUGUUAGCUUUUUUUAUAUCCCUCAACUCGUCCAGGCUUUGCGCUACGAUGCAUUAGGGUACGUUGAGCGGUAUUUAUUCGAAACCGCCCAGCUUUCUCCACAUUUUGCGCAUCAAGUUAUCUGGAAUAUGAAGGCGAAUGCGUUUAAAGAUGAAGACUCGCAAAUUCCCGACCCUGUCAAGCCAGCUCUCGAUAAGUUUAUGGACGAGCUAAUCUCCAGCUUUUCGGACGCCGACCGAGACUUCUACGAGAGAGAAUUUUCUUUCUUUCACGAAAUUACUGACAUUUCGGGAAAGCUGCGGCCAUAUAUAAAGCGUAGCAAACCCGAGAAGAAGGAGAAAAUUGAGGAAGAGCUACGAAAAAUCAAGGUAGAGGUUGGCGUCUAUCUUCCAAGUAACCCUGAUGGGGUUGUCGUUGGCAUUGAUCCACAAAGCCUCUAG